UAUAUUACACAUAUUUAAACAAUUCCUCUGUAUAAUAUUGUAUAAGGAAACAGCAGUUCUAGUCCAGAUGCAAAACUAAGUUUUACAGCUUAAAGAAAGAGAACCCUCCCAACAAGUGAUGCUUAUUCAGUCCGUUUCCAGUUGUACUGUUAUGAAAUUUAACAUGCUGAUUAAGACCUUUUUUCCAAAACACUGUUUGACUUUAAGGUAAAUGUUCUGGAUAAAUGGUCCAAUGGCCCAUCCCUGACUGCCUCUCUCAGGUGAAAUUGAGGUGAAUCCGCGCUGUCGCCAUGCGGAGCCCAGCUGUGCGAAUGUUCCACAGGUUAGAGGGUCUGUUCUGCGUCUACAAACCCGCAGGAGUGCACUGGAAGCUAGUGAGGGACACCAUCGAGACUAAUCUUCUGAAAGGUGUGAACGAUACACCUGCUCCGCCUCUCACUCAUCAAGUUCGCUUCUUACCAAACCCAAACAACGAAUCUAAAGCAUCUGGAGGACUCAUGCUGAGGCCAGUCUCUGUCCCCGUCCUGUCCAAGCACCCUCUGGUGACUGGACCUGAAUUCCAGCAUCUCAAAGUUGGAGUGGGUCACCGCCUGGAUACUUCAUCUUCUGGUGUUCUUGUAAUGGCCGUGGGGAAUGGGAACAAGAUCCUGAACAAUCUCUACGGGAUACAAACCACAAGGGAUUACACACUGGAAGGUGAAUUUGGGAUGGCAACACAUGAUUUUACUCACACGAGUCGAGUUGUGGAACGAUCCACUUAUGAUCACAUCACUCAGGAGAAGAUGGAGAGAGUGCUAGCCAUGCUGGAGGGAGCCAAUCAGAAAGCCCUGAGAACGUAUUCCAGUGUAGACAUGAACUCACAGGAAGCAUAUGAGCUGGCUGUAAAAGGCUUGUUGGGUCCAGACGGGAAAUCGGUUCCUAUUUUGACAGGCUUACGAUGCAUUCGCUUCCAGCCACCGCACUUCACCUUAGAGGUGCAGUGCCUGAACGAAACGCAGAAAUAUUUGCGCAAAGUUGUGCACGAGAUUGGACUGGAGCUGCGCAGCACGGCGGUGUGUAAGGGAGUGAGGCGGACCAGAGACGGCUUCUUUACCCUGCAGGACGCUCUCACGCGUAACCACUGGUCGGCUGCUGACGUCCUGCAGGCUGUUCAGAAAUACAGCUCAAAAAAGAACAAGAAGAAGAAGAGCAGCUCUGGGACUCUAACUGAUAAAGCGACGUUACAGACAUCUGAGGAAACACUCGCAGUCUCUCAAGAAAACAAGGCUGAUACGGAAGAAACAACAACUGAGGUGCAGUGUAACUGAGCUGAUGGGUGAUUAAAGAAAUACAAGUGAACUAAAAUAGUGAUAUUUCACAGCUCGGUAAAUAAAGCAACUUUACUAAUGAGGUCAAACAAGUGUUUAAAAGGGAAAUGCUCCUCAAAUAUAUUGGGCUAAUAUACAAAUGUGACUCUGUGGUUGCCAGCCAAUGUCAAGUGAGAGAAUUAAUAUUGUUAAUGUUUUGGUUGUUUAUGUAAAUCCUUGUUUUCAGCUUUGGAAUGAAGAGGCUUGAGUGAUUUUUUUCUAAGACAAAAAAUGCGCUCAAGAGUUUUCCCUGACGUGUAUGUGGUGAAAUUUAUAUGAACAGACUCGAAUACAUGCUACACAACUGAUAUAUUAAAGUUUGUUCAAUGGGCGUCACCACAGGUUUCAUACUCUUGAGGAGGACUGGGCUGGAAAAAUGUUGCACUUGCAGCUUAAAUACAAACCAAAUAACUGAAAAUG